AUGAGCAGUAAGAGAUUAGAUGAUGACGCUCUAGGAGCUUUGAGAGCUUGGACACCAGCUCAACAAGCAGCUUUGAAUAGACAACGUAUAACGAAAAACUCGAAGAAAGAUGUAGAUGAAGAUGAAAGAGAAGAAUAUUUGAAGAAAAGAGGAAGAUGGACAGAUCCUUCUAUAGGUUUAAAAGCUCAUGAGAUUAAGGCGGAAGAAUUGAUAAAUGAUUUUAUCAAAACACAUUCACCUCAACUUGAUCUUUUCUUGAGAUGUUUCGCACGGCCUCAUAGAGCUUUACCAGGUUUCGUACUUCUCCAUCUAGCAUUCUGGUGGUCAGCACCUUGGUACCUCCAAUUCCUACUCCCUUUCCCUUUGAUUUACUUCAUCCCCGUUUGGUGCAGUCUAUCAUCCCUCUUCAACGCUUCUCGGGAAGAUCGACAAUUAUGGCAAGCUUACUGGGUGAUUCUGGCAGUUAUGGGAUACAUCGAGUUUUUGGUUUUUGGUAGUACCCUUCCUCUAUUCUGGUGGCCAAAGUAUGGAAGAGAGCGUAUAAUCCAAUCUGUUAGAAAGGUUCAAAGACUAAAAGGGGAGAAAGCAUCUUUGCACGAGCUCGGGGGACAUCAUUGA